AUGGCUUACAUUAUUCCAGAGGGUCAGCAUUUUCCUGCAAAAGUGUCAAACUUUUCUCAACCAGAUGUAGUUAUUUGUAAUAUCAGGGAUAAGUUAAAUGAUGAUCAAUUGGAGACCUUUAGUAGAUCAUGCUUUGGCAUGUUGGCUGGAAAGCAAGCAACAUUUUCAUUUGAAGAUUUUGCGCUUGUUACUGGAUUAGUAUGUACUGGAAUUCCACCCAUCUCUUCACUUGUUGAUACUAGCACACAUAGGCUAAGGGAUGCUUAUUUCAAGGGGAAUAAUAGUAUUAAGAGAUCUGAAUUAGAGAGUACAUUUUUGGGUCUAAAACCUCAGCCUGACAAUGAAGAUGACGUUGUCAAGUUAGCUCUUGUUUAUUUUGUGGAGUUUGUGUUGCCUGGUAGGGAGCGUAGUAGGAACAUUUCUGAUGUGACAUAUCUCCAAUUGGUUGAAAACUUGGAUAACUUUAACAAGUAUCCAUGGGGAUUUGUCAGUUAUGCACGUACCUCCAAGUCACUUGUAGGAGCAAUGAAAGGACGUGUUCAAAUUUUUUUAAAAAAGACUAUAAAGCCAACCAAGACUCAGAAGGAGCAAUACAGUCUCUAUGGAUUCCCGUUAACUCUACAGAUAUGA